AUGUUGAAGGGUGGUCUAGACGACUGGAACUUUGAUGUGUUUGAGUUCAAUGAGGUCAGUGAAAACCAUGCACUUAAGUACGUCGGCUUCGAACUCCUACACAAGUACAAUCUCAUCACCAAAUUCCAGCUGGACACCACCAGACUGGAGAGCUUACUCCUUCGACUGGAGAUCGGUUAUACGAAGUACAAGAACCCCUAUCACAAUCUAGUGCAUGCUGCCGAUGUGGCUCAGACCUGCCACGUAGUUAUGACUAUGAGCCGACUUCGGGACUAUUUAACCGACUUGGACGUUUUCGCAGUAGUGUACGCGGCGCUCAUUCACGAUUUUGAACAUACAGGAACGACGAACAACUUCCACGUACAAACCCAAACGGAACUUGCUCUCUUGUACAACGAUCGAAAUGUCCUCGAGAGUUACCACGUCAGUGCCGUCUUCCGAAUCACCAAAGAGGCCGAAUUCAACAUUUUCGAAAAAAUGUCCAAGGAACAAUACCAGGAGUUCCGCGCCUCAGUCAUUGAGAUGGUCCUCAACACCGACAUGUCCCUUCACUUCUCCCAAGUGAAGACUAUGAAGAACCUUAUAGCCAUACCCGAAAUCAUCGACAAGUUGAAGGCCCUUUCCUUACUGGUUCACUCUGCCGACAUUGCUCAUCCUUGCAAGGAGUGGAAGCUGCACAAACACUGGUCAGAAAUUCUGAGUGAAGAGUUCUUCCGACAAGUAGGUCAACCGCCCACGUCGCCUCCGAUGCCUUUUUUCUUGCAUUAUGCGUACAACCACCUAUGUCUCUCCAACUUUUAG